UAUUGUGAAAGCGGUAACAGGAAGUUGUGUGCUUGUUUUUGCCUCUCUUGACACUAAUUGAACACAACCAACUGACUGCUGCCGUGUAUUGGAGGGGGUUCGGCUGAACUGAACCGGUUCACUUUUAAAACACUGGCGACUCCCUGUACAGUGUCGAGCCAUGUCUCCAUCAGUACCCCUGCAGGAGAUGAUCCGGGCCAUCAGGUCAGCAAGGACACAGUGUGAGGAGCGGGGUGUCAUCCAGAGGGAGUGUGCUGCCAUCCGGGCACAGUUCAGACAGUCCGACAAUGGAGGGAGAUCGCACAACCUUGCCAAGCUGCUCUACGUGCACAUGUUGGGCUACCCCGCUCACUUUGGUCAGAUGGAGUGUGUUCGGAUGAUAGCCAGCCCUCGCUACAGCGAGAAGCGUGUGGGAUAUCUGGGAGCCAUGAUGCUGCUGGAUGAGAAGCAGGAUGCCAGCUUACUCAUCACCAACUCCAUCAAGAAUGACCUUUUUCACAGUAAUCAGUAUGUGCAGUCUCUGGCUCUGUGCACACUUGCCUGUAUGGGUUCACCUGAGAUGUGCAGAGAUCUGGCACCAGAGAUUGACCGACUGCUCCGAACCUCCAACUCUUACAUAAAGAAGAAGGCUGCUCUGUGUGCUGUUCACAUUGUGAGAAAAGUCCAGGACCUGGGGGAGCUCUUCGCCUCCGCAGCUCGAUCCCUCCUUACUGAGAAGAAUCACGGUGUGUUACAUGGUGCUGUGGUGCUUAUCACUGAACUGUGCGAGCGGAAUCCAGAAACACUGGAGCGGUUUAGAAAAGCAGUGCCGGAUCUGAUUCAGAUCAUGAAAGGUCUGGUCAUUUCGGGUUAUUCUCCAGAGCAUGACGUGGCAGGAAUCAGCGAUCCCUUCCUACAGGUGCGCAUCUUGAGGUUGCUGAGGAUUCUCGGUCGCAACAACGAGGCAGCCAGUGACACUAUGAAUGAUCUUCUAGCUCAGGUGGCGACCAACACUGACAGCACUAAGACUGUGGGCAACGCUGUGCUGUACGAGACUGUCCUCACCGUGCUAGACAUCAAAUCAGAGAGCGGCCUCAGGGUGCUGGCUGUGAACAUCUUGGGAAGAUUUCUUCUGAACAAUGACAGGAACAUUCGGUACAUUGCCAUGAUCUCUCUUCAGAAGAUUGUUGGAACAGACCACAAUGCAGUGCAGCGACACCGGGGAACCAUAGUGGACUGCCUGAAGGACCAUGAUGCUUCAGUCAAGCGCCGUGCCUUGGAUCUCUCGCUGGCGCUGGUCUCGGCCUCCAACAUCCGCUCCAUGAUGAAGGAGCUGCUCCUCUUCCUCUCCUCCUGCCCCCCUGAACUCAGGGCCCAAGCUGCCAGUGGUAUAUUCAAUGCCGCAGAGAGGUAUGCACCCUCGCAGCGCUGGCACAUCGACACCAUCCUGCAUGUCCUCACAACGGCAGGGGGCGAUGUGAGAGAUGAAACGGUUCCCAAUCUGAUCCAGCUGAUCACCAACGCUGCAGAGCUGCACUGUUAUACUGUCCACAAGCUCUACCAGGCUCUGCUCACUGACAUCUCUCAGCAAUCCCUGGUGCAAGUGGCCUGCUGGUGCAUAGGAGAGUAUGGAGACCUGCUUUUGAGAGGAGAGUGUCAGGAGACUGAGCCUGUUCAGGUCAGCGAGGAUGAUGUCCUGGACGCCUUGGAAACUGUUCUACAGUCCCACAUGUCGUCCCCGGCAACCAGAGGCUUUGCUCUCACCGCCACCAUGAAACUGAGCACACGGAUCACUGAUAAUGUGGAUCGCAUCAGAAGCAUCGUCAGCAUCUACGGCAGCUGUAUAGAUGUGGAGCUCCAGCAGAGGGCAGUUGAAUACAACGCUUUGUUCAGAAAAUAUGACCACAUGAGGGCAGCAGUGCUCGAGAGGAUGCCUGUGAUAGAAAGGAGCUCCUCGGUUCAUACCAAUGGAGAGUCAACAGGGGACAUUAUAAAGGACAUCCAACCAGCUAAAGUCAAGCAGGGAGAGCCACUGCUGCCCCAAAAACCUGCUAACCAGGUGUGUGAUCUGUUGGACCUGUUGGGAGGCUCUGAAGAGAUGCUGCGGCCCAGACCAGCAGCAGGAGGUGCAGCCCCUGGCCUGCCCACCAGCACGCCUGGAGGAGACCUGCUGGAUCUGCUGGGAGGGUUAGAGCCUGCCCCCCUCACCACAGCUCCCACAGUGCAGGUGUACGAGAAAGACGGUGUGACUUUGACACUAAGUUGUGAUAAACAGUCAGACUCAGCCGUGACAGUCACACUAACAGCCUCCAACUCCACUGACUCAGACAUCAGCAGCUUCACCCUGCAGGCUGCAGUACCGAAGAGUGUCCAGUUACACAUGAAGGCCCCCAGUGGAGACUCUCUCCCUGCACGAGGCGCAGCUAAGGUGACCCAGAUGGUAGUUCUCAAUAACCCAAACAAGGUGAACCUGAAGAUGAGGAUCCGUAUAUCAUACAGCAGACAAGGAUCAACCUUUCAGGACACAGUCCAGAUAGACUCCUUCCCUGGACUCAGUGCUGCUGGCCACUGACAGCGGCCAUUCAGUCCGACACGACUGUGACGACGGUCUGUGGAUGAGCCGGCCGGCAUCACCUCUCUUUGACAGGUUUUUUUCUGCUGUCACACCCUCUACACUCAGUCCAAGCUGCUGUUUCUUCAAUUCCUGAAUCUGUUGUUCCUUUUAUGGCUGAAGAGCACUGUUUGUUCACAGGAAAUCACAGCCUCAUUCGUGAACGCAAAUAAUUUGCCCCCUUCUCUGGAAUCCACGUGUAAAAAUGUGGCUCAUGGUACAAGCAUUGGAAUCUGCCAGUCUGAUAUGGAAAAAGUAAAAAAAAAUUUGCAGGGUUUUUGCAAUCACAGCUGUCUGUAGAAACUUUGUACCAGGUUGUAUCCAGGUUUUUAAGCUACUAAAGCUGAUUGUAGUUUAUGUUGCAAACCAUCAAUAGUUAUUCAUAUGGCACACACAGCACCCAUGUUUAAUCCAUUCAAAGUGAUUUCCUUUAUGAAGUAUUUGCCUUUGCCAAGCAGCUAAACACUUACUAAUGAAUAACCCACUACUAUGAUUAUAAAAUGCUCUAAUCCAGUACAUUUUAUUUUAACUUUCCAACAUGAAUUUGAGAGUGAAGAGUGGAGGAUUUUAAACGCAAUCAUUAUGUGUUGCAUUCAGCUGUCUUCUAUUGCUCCUGUCUUUCAUGCCUCAGUCAGCUGAACAGCUCAGUGUCAGCCACCAAAUGAAUUCCGCUGUGCCUUUCACCCUCAAGAACUGACAUUUCCUCAUGUGCUAAAAAAAAAUCUAGUUUCAGUGGCCAAGAAAUGGUUUUAAACAUAAUUGAAAUUUUAAAUAUAAGUCAUAAAAACAUGUUUUUAUCUCUCCCAUUUGACCUGCACCAAGUAUCUCCUUGCCUGUUGUUUACAGAAGACUGUGUACAGUGAAACAUUAAGAAAAAUGGACAUAAAAUGGAUAACUGUCUACAAGAUGUAUAUUUUACAUCUUAAGUACAGUAUAUGAGCACAAUUAUGAGCUGAAAUCACCAAUACAACCCUUUGUUGUAGGACAGAAAAAGAAGGCUGUAAAACACACAUCUGUCAGCUUAAUUUGAUAGCUCAUCUCAUGAUCACAGACCUCUAUUAAAAAAAAAAAGAACUCCAGAUACUGGAUAUCAGCAACGGUGCUCUAAAUGAAUUUCAAUUCAAUCUCUACCAGACUGUUUCAGAUCACUACCUUAAAUAAAUUGUAAAGAGAGGACCACAAUGACUAUUCUGUCAGUUGCAUAAAUGGUCUUAAAAUCUUCUGUUUCAUGUCAUUUUCUAAUAAAAAUCAGUUUUCAGAAUCCUCAGCAGUCA